CGCAGUAACCGCACACCACGAAGACGGUCAGCACUCAGCAGGCAUCAUACGGUUACACCAUCACUCCUCUUGAGCAAAACUGUACAUCUGAUUGGUGUAUGUUUACAGUGAUAUGCAUCUCCUCAAUAAGCAGGGUUAUUUUGGUUGCGUUUGCGGAGCCUGAGCUGAAGGCGGAGCCUCAAGGCCCAGACAGCGACGCUACCACUGCCAGUGCCAGUACCCAGUGGUGGAAAUAGCUCCGUGGCGAAGAGUGCCCGCCGUGGAUCUCUAUACCGCGCCCCUCAGACAGUUGGUGACUCCAUCUUUUAGUGCUCAACCCUCGCCUUCUCUUGAAGAGUUCUGAGUACGCCGGUCAAUUGUCCCCAGAUGCAGCACAGGUGGGUCUGUCGUUUGUCGUGGGCGUCUUGCGAAGGUGUGCACCACUCGGGAGGGAAGAUGGUAGAAUGACUCUGGUUGUGGGAACCAUUCCCACUGCUCAGCUUCCUGUCAUUCCCAGCAACCAUCCAAUCCGACCCCCACUUCCACCUCCUAGAAAUUUCCAGAAAUUUAGGGUUCAUCCAGGCAUCAAUUCAUCUCAUCUCAUGGAGACUUCACCCACCUCCCCACCAAUCCCUCACUUCCCAAAUAUAUCUCCAUCCCCCCCACCACCUCCACCUUCAUAUUCCAUCUCUGAGCUGCCUGCAGCCGACCUUCCCCCUCCACCACCCCACACACUUUGGCAGGAGAUAACUUCUCCUUGCUACAUGUGCUGUUAUGAUCCGCCAUCCCCAGAGGUCAAAUCAGAAUAUGAUCCAAAACUUCCUCCAGGUUUCUCAUCUACUCCUGACAUCUUUCCAUCAUCUCCACCACUAGUUCAUCCUCCUCCUCCACCAAAUCCACCAGUGCUUCACAUGUCUGGGGUCUCAUCCUCUUUACACAAUGUCUCCACCUUCAGUGACCUGAUGGCUUCCCACUCUAAGUCAACAGAGGAGUCUCCAAAUUGCGAGAAUUAUUCACUAGAAACAUGCUCUUCUGCCAGUCUUGCGUCAUCAUCAACACUGACAGCGGCUGACUUUCAAACACAAGACUCAGACUUGUCUUCACUCCCUCCCCAUGAUCUACGUGUGUCACCGCUCUCCACUGAUACUGUCACACUAUCCUCUCAAGUCAGCAUUGGUAGCAUAACUCCUUCCCGUGAUGUCUCAUUGACUCCAAGUUUUCUCAGUGCCAGUCAUGAGUACAUGUUUUGCUCAAACACUUCAGAACUUUUGACACAGGCAUCAGUGCUCAUGGAUACUUUCCAUGACACUUCAUUGUCAUCUGAUCCAUUGCUUUCCUCCUCCUUUGUGGCUUUAAAAUCAGAGCACCAAGGAUCCUCAACACAAACACCAGGACCUUAUAGACGAAUGGAAUCUAUCAAAAGUGAGGAUGGAAGCUUCGUUCCUAGUGAAGUUUCUUACUCCACCACUGACACUGCUGGACCAGCAAUAAUGUCAUCACCGCUCUCCACUGAUAUACCUUCAAUACCUUCCCUUCCUACCGACCUGGACUCAGUGUCAUCAGGCUUCGGUUCUCUUACAACUGACACAUGGUCAUUCUCAACAGAAGUAGAUUCCCAGCUAGAGGAUGCAUCCACUAUAAGGACAAAAACUAAUGACUUUACAGCUGCAGACACUGCUGAAAGUGAGACAGUGUCCUUUACAGGUUCCAUUACUAUCACACCAGUGCCAUCAGAUAAUCUCACACCUCAUUUUGCAACUCCUCCAACCACACCUGUUCACUCUUCUCUCCCUUCUUCUCCACUCCCAUAUUUGUCUAAAUCUGAAUCCUUCAUGAACUUAGAUCCUGCCAAAUCUCAAGAUAUAGUGCCAUCUAUAUCCUUCCCAACAGUUGAUGGAGAGUUUUCAUCUCUAUCCCUAUCUACUGUUCCUAAAACACAGACAGACCAACUUGAGUAUAGUUCUUCCUGCCAUGGUUUCACUACCUCUUAUCAAAGUCAUUCUUCUGAUCUACUUUCAUCCCAGCCUCCCUCAUGUCAAGGUACUGAACAGUGUAUAAAUCACACUAAAGAUAAUUCAACCAGCUUAGAUAUACUCUCUGAGUCAAUUCAACUGGGGCUAGAGGUCAACUCUUCUGUACAAAGAACUAGCUAUGAUGAGAAAACAGGAAGGCCUGGAAUGCCUCACAGCACAACCUUACAAGAAAAUGAACUUUCUGAUCAAGUAACUCAAGUAACGCUGUUGGAGAGAAACACUGUGAUGCAAAAGGAAGAAAUUAAAAACACCAAUGAAGUGGGAAAUAUAGAACCAGCUGAUGAACAAAGACAAGGUGGAAGCAAUAAUAAUGUGGGAAUUCUGUUUGAGGGGCAGGAUAACCUCAAUGGAAGAGUCAGUGAGAUGAUGAUAUGUAGAGAGAAUGAUGACAGCCAUGUUAUGAAGGAUGUGAAUGGAAAUAUUAGUUACCUAGAUCUUGAGAGUGGUCAUGAAACACAACUGGAAAAUAAAGAAGAUAUGAGUGAGGUAGAAAGUAUAGGAAUACAAACCAUGAAAGAUGAGGGGGAGUUUGAAAGAAAUACUAAAGAUCAGGGGAACAUGUCAGAGGUGUUAUCAUCACACUCAUCUCUGAUGGCUUCUGACACAUACAGCAUCAUUCCAUCAUCCCCUGGCAUAUCCUGCAGUGGCACCUUAAACCUUUCUCCCAAGACAAAUCUUGUGAGUCAGACUGUAAGAAACACUUUAUAUCCAUCCAAUGGAAAAUCAACAUCCACAUGCUGUAGUCCAGCUUCCUCUGAAAUUGAGUCUUGUAGAGUAGCACAAGUAUCAUCAGUGUCACCUAAAGGACCCAUGGAUCUUCUUAAUGCAAUGGUCAUGGAUUUGGAGAACAUUUCGGCUGAUCUCCCAGUCUCCACAACCUCAAGGCCCCUUGACCUUUCACGGACUGCACCAGUCUCUGUACUGAGCAUAGCUGACCAGGUUAUGACUCACACUCCUACAUCAAGUAAAAUCCCUGAUGGAAACCAUGAGGAACUAAAAAUGGAAGAUUGCCAUCUCACAAAAUCUUUCCUUCCUCAUCCUUCACCAACUAAUUCAACCUCCACCAUUCCUACCUUAUCAUCACACAAUUUGCCCCCAACAACCACUGUAUCAUCACAUGCAUGUAUGACUGAAUAUUCCAGCAACCAAUCCAAGUGUGUGUCUUCUCUAUAUCCCUCACUAAUCACUAACGUUGAAAACUCUGAUUGUAGUGUGUCUUGUACACCUUGGGACAUGCCCCAUCCAGACCCUUUUCCUUUACCUAGCAGUUAUGGUGACCAUACUAACAUGAGUUUAUUUAUGAAUGACAACAGUGAAUCUGCCUCUAAAGAAGUUCUUUUAGGUUCCUGUUUGACUGACAAGGAAUGUGGGAUGCCUCUCCCCUCACUGUGUUCUUCUCCUAAACCCAGCAGUCUCCUGGAUGGUCAGCCUUCACCCUCGCCAGCACCCCGUCCCAGGACCCCUCCUACACCACCUCCUCGCUCCUGCCACAACACUCCCAGAUCACAUCUAGUACCCCCGCUACCCCCAGUGCGGCAAUACAUGCUCGUGCCCAUUAACAUCCCUCGUGGAGCAUCUCGGCAGCCUAGCCCCCCACCUGCACCACCCAGAUCCACUUCUGUACACAAGUCUUCACCUCCACCUCCUCCUCGUCCCAGUGCCCCACUCUUACCAUCUUCAGUACUGGAGUGUAACAAGGGACCACCAUUACCUCCACUUCCUUUUUCUUCUUGCAUCACUCCACAGCCUGCACUCACCCCUGUACCAGAGGAAUCCUCAAAUCCACAGUCACCUGUCCUCCCCAAAAGUCCCCAUUUUGGUUCCCCCAUUUGUGAAGGCAUCAUUUCCCAAACAGUUCCACCACCAGACUCAUUACCCACCUCCCAGCAGCUUUCAUCAGUGCCUCAGUCACUCUCCUCAAGUGGCAGUGAAAAUCCCCCAGCCCUCCCACCUCCCCCAGAAGAUGAGCAGGAAGAUGAGGACUUGCCACCCCCACCUCCUCCUCCUCCUCUUAUUGAAUCAGAUGAAGCUGCUCCUGCACUCCCUCUUCCACCUCCUCCCUCUCACAUACUCUUAAGUCCUUCAAAACACUCUUCUACCCAAGGCAAGGAUGAACUGUCUUCCACACUCUGUCCACAGCAAAAGCCUGCCCUUCCUGGCUCAAGUGUGGUUGCUUUACAUACUAACCAAAGUAGUACUCCUUCCUCAGAUUCUGACCUGCCAGCACCUACAGUAGAUGAAGUAGCAAACCCGCCGCCACCUAAGAUUUCCAGCGUCAUUACCUCAUCUCCAAUGUCAAACUCCCUAGCACUAGAUGCUGCCAAUGCCUCUUCCCUGCCCCUCAUCCCACCUACCCUGCAUGCUCCUCCGUCCUAUCCCCCCCUGCCCCCAUGUGCUCCAGAAUUUAACAUGGAGAAGACAGCAAAGUCCCCCCUGAUCACCACAUCCCCAUAUGGAAAGAUGGUGGUAGUGCGCUCUGACCUCCCACUCCCAACACCCGAAGAAGAGGUGAGAGUCACCUUCAGUGCUGCCAAAGAUUGGGGCUUUCUGGCAGCGUAUGAGGACACCUUGUCUGUGUACACUCAGCUGCGACCUGUCAUCCAGCAGGGACCUCAGUGUGGACUCGUGGCACUCAGCAUGGCCUCACAGGUUUUCCCUCAGACAGUGGAGGUAGAGGAGCUGCUGGAAACAGGGAGGGCAAUGGGUUUCACACGGCACGGUGAGAUGUUCAGUACAACAGCAUUGGCACAGUUAGCAGAAAAAACUGUGAUCGGGCUGCAAGCAGAGGUGAGGCGGGAUGUACUCAGCAGUCCUGCCACCCUUCUCCAGCUGCUGCUACAGGGUGACCUUGUACUGGUCCCGUAUGAUGCGGAGAGAAACCAUCAGCCUGGCCUUAAAAAUGGCCACAAAGCUCACUGGGGUGUGGUAUGUGGGUGUCUGGUACAAAGCAGUUCCCUCACUUUCCCCACAGCUGCUGCCAAGCUGGAUUCCCACGUGGACAACUUGUGGCACCUGAGACCCCGCAGCCGGGCAGGGAGGAGCAGGAGUAUCACUCCUUGUCCUCCUGCCUUGUCAGGUUCUCCCAUGAUAGGGCAGAGAAGUUUAAAGGCUCUGGACAGGACAGGUGGUUGUGAAGGAAAUCCCUCAAGUGUGAGCUGCAGUCGUGUCAGCACACCAAUGUUGUCUGAGCUGCGGCAUGAUGACGAACUGAGACUAGUGGCACUGUGGCGACAAGGCAAGAGUCGCAAAGUGGUAGCAGCCCCUCUGGACCAGCUGUGUGAAAGUAAUGAUCAACUAGUAUCUUACCCUCCUCCUGCUACUCCACAGGAGUUAGAGUACAUGGUACAAUCAGUACAGGAAGGGUUAGCAGGCCAGGUGGUUGUGUUACACAAGACCAAAGCAGCACUUUCAGACCUUGUUGGUCUUCUGCAAGAAAAAUAGAUGAUUUUAUAUUCAUCUCCAUCACAGCUUGCAUUAUGGUACUUCUAACCUCAGUAAAUUAACUUGUUCUGUUCCACUCGAGAUCACAUAACUGAUGAACCCACAAAACGCAGGUAAGAUAACUUUUAAUGAGCCAGUCUUGCCUUACUGCGAUCUGAGUUUGAAAGCAUCAAUGGAUGACUGUCUUAAUGUUAGCCUGAGUGACUGAUUUGCCUUAUAAUGGCCAAUAAUAAGAUGAAAUAAAAUGUUGCUUUGA